CGAGGUAGUGCAGGAGAGUGGGAGAAGCAGGGCUAAUACUAGGCCCCCGGGCCCGGUAGGGACAAGGCGACUUUUCUCCUCAAUCCCCAGAUUCUCUUAGGAAUUCUCUGCUUUGACAUUCUCCUGAAGGGCGGGUCAUCGGAACACCGCCCAGCAGUCUAUUUGCCUCACCCUCCCUUCCCAGGGGUAGAAGGGGCCAGGGGGCGGGGCGAGAAGAAGGGUUGGGGUAUCUGUAGCCUAAACUCCUCGGGUCUCAGCCCCACAAUCCAGCUACUAGAGCAGAUGGACGAGGCUGCGGCUCACCUCGGAGACUCCUUGCCCUCUGUGCUCGGAGAUCCAGGCUGCAGUGGAGAUUUGGAGUCUCCGGCGCCCCCCUCUCCUGCUGGGCGGGGUGAACGCGGCCGCUGUGCGCCCCCUCCCAGGGGAAGAAAAGGGGACUCGGACCCGGUGGGUCCUAACUAGGGGCGGAAGGUAGGAAGAAAGCCAGCUCCUCGCAUGUAGCACCCAUUAUCCUCAGGGACUUAGCCAGGACUCUUUCCGUACCAAGACCCCUUUCUGGGGGUUUCAGCCCCGGUGCCUCUGGGAAGGAGACCCCCCACUGGGACGCGCCCCGCCCCCGGCUCCCGCCCAGCGGACGUCGCAUUAGCAUGAGCAACGCUAGUGGCCCGGGCACCACUCGGGGGCCGAGACUCGCAGCGUCACAGCCCCGAGUGGAAAGGGAAAAAAGAGGAGGCGGAGGAGGAGGAGGCAGGAGUCAGCGCUAGGGGAGGGGAAACGGACUGCAGGGUGAGCAGCCGGCGGGCGGGAGGCAGCGGCAUGCCCCUCGGCCCGCGCGAGCCAUCUCUCAGUCCUGCGGGGAAGGGUCCAGGCGCGCCAGAGGCGCAGCGCGCUCAGUCUCCAUCCCAGACCCCUCUGCGCACCCGCCUUUCGUGAUCACCCCUGAGCUCAGCAGCAGAGGGUCUGCGGUUCCGCCCGGAAUAGCGCCGGCGUUUCUCCGAACCGGGUCCUUGCCUUUCCUGAGGUGCAGGGCCAUGAGCCCUACAGCUACCUGAGGCACAGGGGGCGCUACGUGACGCGGACCGCGCCCCCGAAGUUCUGAGCUCUAGUCUCUGUCCUGCAGGGCGGCUGCGUUCGGCCCGGUGGCGGUGUCCUGGGAAGUGCGGCCGGGUGGGGGCAAUGGAACCAGCGGGCCAGGCCCGAGAGGCAGCCACCAAGCUGUCAGAGACGGUGGGCGCAGCGCUCCAGGAGCCCCGGCGGCAGCGGCGCCUGGUUCUGGUCAUCGUGUGCGUGGCACUAUUCCUGGACAACAUGCUGUACAUGGUCAUCGUGCCCAUCGUGCCUGACUACAUCGCCCACAUGCGCGGGGGCAGCGAGAGUCCUAUUCCAACCCCAGAAGUGUGGGUGCCUACCCUGCCGCCUCUCACUCCAACAAAUGCUAGUGCCAACACGCUCAACAGCUCAGAGUCCCCGACGGCUUCGUGGCCAGCCGGGUCUGCCCUUCGGCCCCGCUACCCCACGGAGAGCGAGGACGUGAAGAUCGGGGUGCUGUUUGCCUCCAAGGCCAUCCUGCAGCUUCUGGUGAAUCCCCUAAGCGGUACCUUCAUCGAUCGCAUGAGCUACGACGUGCCGCUGCUUAUCGGCCUGGGUGUUAUGUUCGCCUCUACAGUGUUGUUUGCCUUCGCGGAGGACUAUGCCACGCUCUUCGCUGCGCGCAGCCUGCAAGGUCUGGGCUCGGCUUUCGCAGAUACAUCCGGCAUUGCCAUGAUCGCGGAUAAGUAUUCCGAGGAGCCGGAGCGCAGUCGCGCGUUGGGCGUAGCGCUGGCCUUCAUCAGUUUUGGAAGUCUAGUGGCACCACCCUUCGGGGGCAUCCUCUAUGAGUUCGCGGGCAAGCGGGUGCCCUUUCUGGUACUCGCCGCGGUGUCACUGCUCGACGCGCUGUUGCUGCUAGUGGUGGCCAAACCCUUCUCAGCCGCCGCACGGGCGCGGGCCAACCUGCCUGUGGGCACACCCAUCCACCGCCUCAUGCUGGACCCCUACAUCGCUGUGGUGGCCGGUGCACUCACUACUUGUAACAUCCCUCUCGCUUUCCUCGAACCCACCAUCGCUACGUGGAUGAAGCACACAAUGGCGGCUUCAGAGUGGGAGAUGGGCAUGGUCUGGCUGCCGGCCUUUGUGCCUCACGUGUUAGGCGUCUACCUCAUCGUGCGCCUGGCGGCGCGCUACCCACACUUGCAGUGGCUCUACGGCGCGCUGGGGCUGGCAGUGAUCGGUGCCAGCUCAUGCGUGGUGCCUGCCUGCCGCUCCUUCACACCAUUAGUGGCCUCGCUCUGCGGCCUCUGCUUCGGCAUUGCGCUGGUCGACACAGCUCUGCUGCCCACGCUCGCCUUUCUCGUGGACGUGCGCCACGUUUCGGUCUACGGAAGUGUCUAUGCCAUCGCCGACAUCUCCUAUUCCGUGGCCUAUGCGCUCGGGCCCAUAGUGGCGGGCCACAUCGUUCAUUCGCUCGGUUUUGCGCAGCUUAGCCUUGGCAUGGGCCUGGCCAACCUGCUCUACGCUCCUGUCCUACUGCUGCUGCGCAAUGUGGGCCUCCUGACGCGCUCCCGCUCCGAGCGGGACAUCCUGCUGGAUGAGCCCCCGCAGGGUCUGUACGAUGCCGUGCGCUUGCGUGAGUGCCCUGUGUCCCAGUCAGACAGCGCGCCUCGCAGCGCGCGGUGCCCAUUCGAUGAGUGUGAGGAUGACUACAACGACUACUACACCCGCAGCUAGCAACCCCGCUCCUUCUCCAGCCACCCACCCACUUCCUACCCAUCAGGUCAAGGUUGCUGUUCUGUGAGCACAGUGGCCAGCUCAGGCUCAGGGCCUGCCCCUCCAGCGAGUACCCCAAGCCAGCCCCUGUCUUUAGUCCCUCUGCCCAUGUUCCUUCUCCAUGACCUUUUCUGUGUCCCUCUCCCUCUUGUCUAGUAAAGUGUGGAGCACCGAGGCCCGCAAAGUGAUGUGCUCUUUGCACAGAAAACGAGGCAUGCAAGUCUCUAUCUCAGUGCCACCCUGUGUAGGGCUGUAUGUCUCUCUGUCCUCCCUUCUGUUCCUUGGCCUGCUGCACAACAUUGUCUCCGGCCCAAAUCAAUAAAGAAAUC